UGUUUGGGAAGAGAGGGGCCUUUAAGAGAUGUAGGGCAGGGAAAUAUCUCAAGGCUGGUAUAUAUAAAGAGAGAACCUCUGCCAUAAAUCUGGGGCAUAAGUUAACUUGUGAGCCUGGGCUCUACUGGGAGGAGAAAUUGUGCUGGGAAGGGCUGUGUGAAUGUUCAUAUAAUCCUUCAAGAGGUGCCCAACUGCACCCAUUUAACCAUGCUCUCUGCUCUUCUCUUCGUUGUCGUCCUCCUGGCUAUUGCCCUGUUGAGCCGGUGGCAUCCGUGGCACUGCCAGGGCAAAGAUGCGAAGGAUCUGCCCGGCCCAAGAGCUUUGCCCCUCAUUGGAAACCUCUCCCAUAUGUUCCAGCCAAACCUCCCCAUCCAUUUCCUCCAGCUGGCCCAUCGGUACGGACCCAUCUACCGCCUGCGCCUCGGGAACAAAGACGUUGUCGUGCUGAACAGCUUAGAAACGAUCCGGGAGGCGCUGAUUCGGAAGUGGUCUGACUUCGCGGGACGGCCUCACAGCUUUAUUACAAACCUGAUUUCAAUGGGCGGGAAGGACCUCUCCCUGGGCGACUACACCCCAACGUGGCGUCUGCAACGGAAGCUGACCCACAUGGCCUUCCAGCGCUGCCGACAAGGAGACAUGGAGCAGAUUGUGCACAGCCAAGCUCAACACCUCUGCAAGGUUUUUCGUAGCUAUGGCGGGGAACCUGUGGAUGUGGCUCAUGAUUUUUCUAUGCACGCCUGUUCUGUUAUUUCUACCAUGCUCUUUGGACCUUUGGACAUGCCCAGCAUUGAAAAAAUGCAUGACUGCAUGCUCGAAAUGGUAAAAGCAUGGAAUGCUCUUCCCAUCCGGGUUCUGGAUUUCUGGCCAAUCCUCAAAAUUUUUCCUAACCCCUCAUUGAGGCACCUCCUUUCCUGCCUUGAAAACCGAGACGAUGUGGUCCAAGGCCAGAUGGCGAAACACCAGAAGUCUGACCAUUCACCAGAGGAACAAGACAUGUUGGACCAUAUGCUGCACUUCCUUCAUGACCAUGACAUCAAGAAGUGGGGCGACACGGGACUCCUCCCUGACCAUGUCCACAUGGCUGUUGUUGACCUGGUCACUGGAGGUACCGAAACGACAGCUACCUUACUGACCUGGGCUGUGGCCUUUCUGCUGCAUUGUCCACAGAUUCAGGAGCUAAUCCACAAGGAGUUAAUGACAGUAGUAGGACCACACCGUGACCCUACUUAUAGUGACCGGGAGCAUCUGCCCUACCUCAACGCCACCAUCUGGGAAGCACUGCGCAUGCGCCCCUCCGCACCCCUUGCUUUGCCUCACAUGACCAUUCGGGAUACCAGCGUGGCUGGUUUUUCCAUCCCCAAAGGCACAACUGUCAUCCCCAAUCUCUACGGCGCCCACCAGGAUCCAAGCAAAUGGCCAAAUCCUCAGGAGUUCAGACCAGAGAGGUUCCUGGAAGGACAAGCCUUGGCCGAAGCCCAGCGGCACUUGGUACCCUUUAGCUGUGGGGCCCGGGUCUGCUUAGGAGAAGCCUUGGCUCGGAUGGAGGCCUUCCUCUUCCUCGCUUACAUACUGCGGGAUUUCCAGAUUUUGCCUUCACCGUCUGGGUCGCUGCCAGACCUCCAGCCACAUUGUGAGUUCCUCAUGUUUUGCAAGCCGUUCAUGGCACGGCUAGUGCCGUGGGUGGAGAACGGGUCUGCAGAAUGAGGCCUCUGUAUGGCAAGAGAAAACACAUUGUGGGUGCCGAAGUGGUUAAGAGUAUGGAACUGGGACUUUAGGAGAUCCCGACCCAUAGCCUCACUACACCAGGGAAAUUACCUCCAGCCAAACACCUUCUUUGUCUUGACUUGCCCUGCUUCGUGUACCGAUGCAGUGUGACACCAUUGGAACCAUCAAGGCUCCAUCUUAUGGGAUGCUGGGACCUGUAGUUUGGUGAAGUACCAACACUUUGUGGCAGAAAAGGCUCAAGACCUUGUCAAACUACAACUCCCACCUUCCCAAGUGGUGUCAAACUGCAUUCAUUCUACAGGAUUGUUCUGAGAGUAAAGUGGGCAGGAGCUGUGCCACAUGCAGCAUUUGAAUUCAUCAUAAGAAUGAUGUGAUAGAAAAGUAAUUGAUCAAAUAAGUAGAUAAGAUUCUCCUUCUUCUGUCCUCUUCUCCCUCUGAACUGUCAAUACAAUGGAUUGUUGUGUGUUUUCCAGGCUGUAUGGCCAUGUUCCAGAAGUAUUCUCUCCUGACGUUUCGCCCACAUCUAAGGCAGGCAUCCUCAGAG